AUGGCAGACAAAGGGAAAGAUAUGUUGGAGAAUUUAGAUGACAUUAUUUUGGUAGAAUCUAAGUCUGAGAAUGUUGUGGAGAAAGUGAACUUAUUGGGUGAUGAAAUUGUAGCAAGAGAUGAUGUGCCUUUGCGAGUGCCUGAGGUUGGAAUGAAGUUCAAUGAUGAAAAUGAAUUUCGUGAAGGAAAAAGAAGUACUACAAUUGGUUCUUUAAAACCGCAACCAACCAUUCAGACAAGUUGUAAGGCGAGGUUGACUGCAUCUAUGGACAGUCGCGGAAUAUGGAGAAUAAACACAGUAAAUUUGGAACAUAAUCAUAAAAAAAGUCCAUCCAAGUCGAGACUAUAUCAAUGUAAUCGAGAGUUGAGAGCUCAUGUUAAACGGCGGCUAGAAGUUAAUGAUAUGGUAGGAAUUCCAUUACAUAAAAGUUUCAACUCUGCAAUAGUCGAAGCAGGUGGAUACGAAAAUAUGAUGUGCAUGGAAAAGGAUUGUCGAAACUCUGUUGAACAAGUUCGGCGUCUGAGACUUGGAGAAGGGGAUACUGCAGCAAUACAAUCAUACUUUUCGAAAAUGCAAGCCGGUUACGCUGGGUUUUACUUCAGUAUGGAUCUAGACAAAGAUUCGAGGCUGAAGAAUGCGUUUUUGGCAGAUAAUAGGAGUAGGCAGGAGUAUAAAGAGUUUAGUGAUGUCGUCACAUUCGAUACCGCAUACGUCACCAAUAAGUAUGACAUGCCGUUUGCUCCUUUUGUUGGAAUUAAUCAUCAUGGAUAA